GUACAACUGAUAGCAGUUGGGGGUUUGUGUGACCAUCUGCGAAUCUCAUGAUGAUCUUCCUCAUCAUCACCCUUCACCUGGUGUCAGGUCCAGUGGGCUGCUUUGAUGUGAUUGGCUACUCAGGAGGAAGCAUUAAAAUCUACUGCCAGCACCAUCUUUAUGGAAGUAAUGACAAAUAUAUUUGUGAAAUAAAACAAAAUCAGUGUGUAACUAAAAUAGUCACUCAAGGCCAGAAAAGAUGGAAUCAAAAAGAGAGAUUUUCUCUGUGUGACUACUAUGGCUACAACUUCAUUGGACAAUUAGAGAUGAUCCUCAGACCACUGAGUUUACAGGACGCUGGAUCAUAUCAGUGUGGAGAGACUGGAGGGUGGAAUCACACUGUGAACCUGACAGUGAUCAGAGAUCCGUGUUGUUUGGGACCAAAGACUGUGACUGGUUAUCUGGGAAUGACGGUCACCAUCAGCUGUUCAUAUCCAGAGGAGUUUGAGAAAAAGACAAAAUACCUCUACAAACUUCAGAGGGAACAUUUUACUUCAGUGAUCCGAACCUCAGAGACUCAGAAAGGCCGAUUCUCCAUCUCUGAUGACAGAAGCUCUAAAGUUCUCAGUGUGAGAAUCAGUGAUGUGAGAGAAGAUGAUGGAGGAGUUUAUUACUGUGGAGUGUGGAGCCACGGGAUGCUAGUCAGUUAUGAAUCCCUCUUCACAGAGAUUCAGCUGCAGGUCACUGAUUUCUCUGUGAUCAUCUCUGUGAGUGUCUGCGUGGCUCUGCUGCUGAUUGGAGGAUCAGCAAUGAUCGUCUACCAACGGAGACACAAACAGACACGAGGAUCCACCUCUUCACUGAACAGUGGGAAUAAGGAAAACAAAGCUAUUUCUCACUCUGCCAGUGACUACGAGGAGAUUAGGGACACCAGAGCUGCUCCACUUUACUCUAUGGUCCAACUACCUGCAGGACUCUCUGAUCACCCAAACAAUGUCUAUACCACCACAUGGUGACCUCCAAGCAUUCACAGAAGGGACACUGUGCAAAAUGUAAAUAAAAAAGAGUGUAAUUACGUGCAAACCAAUGAAACACCAAUUGAAUAUAGAAAAAUGACAACAUAUCAAAUGUUGAAAGUGAGUUUUUUUUUUUUUUAUAUAUGCCCAUUUUGAAUUUUGAUGCCAGCCAUACGUUUUAAUAAAAGUUGGGAUGGGGGCAACAAAUGGCUGGUAAAGUUGAAUGAUGCUUGAAAAACACCUGGUGGAAUAUUUCACAACUAAUUAGAUUAAUUGGCAACAUGUCAGUAACAUGAAUGGGUAUGGUUUCCCAGAGAGGCGGGGUCUUUCAGAGGCAGAGAUAAGGAGGGGUUCACUAUUGUGAAAGACUGCACUGGCAAAUUUAGGAAUAACGUUUCUUAAAUGUAAAUUAGCAAAGAACUUGGGGAUUUUAAAAUCAUCUACAGUUCAUAAUAUCAUGAAAAGAAUUUUGAGGAUCUGGAGAAAUCUCUAUGUAAGGGACGAGGCCAAAAGCCAGUAUUUGCUGGCUGAGAUCUUUGGGCCC